AUGCUGAAACUGGCUCUGGUCACCAAUUCCCUAGACUUGAUCUUCCUCAAGAUGCAGCCUGGUGGUAAACAGGAAGUGUGUCGGAACCCCAGUAAAACAACACGGACCGACUGCCCCUUCUGUGAAGAGAAGUGUGUCAUAGUGGAGAACUACCAGGCCCAUCUGAAUGGGAAACACUGCAUCGCGCCCACCGUCCACGCCAUCCUCAAGACCGCAGCAUUCAAAUGCAUUUAAUGCAACAGCGUCUACACAGGCAAGACUACGCAGAGAGCUAUAGUCAUCCAUCUACAGCGCUGCCGCCGUGCACCCAAGACCCCUGAAGACGCAGACAGACUCCUGCCCACCCCCAUCAACGGAUGCAAGCAGCAUGUCAUGACCCUUAACCAGAUUAUCCUGGUGCCAGGUCUGUACUCCAUCCAGCUCCCUCCCGUCCCUAUGGCAGCACUGGCCUUUGUCCCCCAGCCCCCUGAGUCCCCUGCUGAGCUGCAGAGCAAAAUGAGGCUGGCCUUCAGGGAAGCCAACAAGAAAGAGAGGGAGGCCCGGGCAGCCUUCCGUAAGCAACGAGAGAAGGAGAAACGAGAGCAGGCAGCCGUAGCCCAGGCCCAAGCUGCUGCUCAGUCUGAGGUUCAGAUAGACCCCUCUAUUCAGCUGGUGCUGGACCCCAGUGGGAUGGAGGAACGCCCCUCUGAGGAGCGUAAAGACUUCUUCACCAGAUACUUCCACACCAAUCCGUUCUCCAUCAAGAAGGAGUCUGAUGAGCUCUCCAAGAGAGUGUGGCUGACCUGGGCUGAGAUGUCUGCUCUGUUUGGGAUGAAGCACACCAACUUAGAGCCACCAAGUGCAUAA